CUACCUCCCAUCUCCAUACCCGACGCCCCAAGCUUAUCAGAACAACAUGACUUCACCUUGAGGCACAUUGUGCACAAGGGCUCGCACCAAUACCCGAAUCUCCUCCGCAAGGUCGACAUCACUCCUGCCCUGUCCCUCCAACACAUUCAAGAUGGCGACGACGACCCCGACUAUGCUAUCGCCUUCUCACCCACCGACUCCUACCGUACCAACUCGGCUCCCAUGACGAUAGAGCGUCUCGCCGAUCGCCGCCGCUCAACAAUCGAUCGCUUGCUGGAAGCUGGUCGCAUGCGUGGAGAGGCUGUCUCUCUGCCCUCCUCUGCCUGGUCCAUGGAUCCUGUACAUGCCCCCAACAUCACUGACAAGGAGACUGUUCUCAGUCUUGCUCGUAUGGCUUACAAUGCCUACGUCACCAAGCCCUACACUGGUGACUGGGUCGACGUCGGAGGAGGCUUCAACUACACUGAAGACUUUGGAUGGGAGGCCGAUGGUCUACGCGGCCACAUCUUUGCCGAUACCAACAACAAGACUGUCGUCAUUGGUCUCAAAGGAACCUCUCUCGCUGUCUUCGAUGGAGCAGAUACCACUGGAAACGACAAGCUCAACGAUAAUCUGUUUGGAAGCUGUUGCUGCGGCCAAGGUGGCUGGGCUACCUGGAAGCAAGUCUGCGAUUGUCAGACCUCAGCCUAUACUUGCAAUUCGACCUGUCUGGUUAAGAAUCUGCGGAACAAAGCCCACUACUAUCAAGCUGCUCAAGACCUAUACCACAAUGUCACCGAACUCUAUCCUAAUGCUGAUAUCUGGUUGACCGGUCAUUCCCUCGGCGGUGUCGUCACAUCGCUCCUUGGUCUAACCUUUGGGUUACCUACCGUCACAUUUGAGACAUUCCCCGAAGCACUUGCUGCCAGUCGCCUGGGUCUUCCUACACCUCCGGGUUACCACAUUGGCAACCACAAGGAACGUCCUCAUACCGGUAUCUAUCACUUCGGUCAUACUGCAGAUCCCGUUUACGACGGGACUUGCAACACUGCCUUUUCUGGUUGCACAAUCGCCGGUUACGCUUUUCAAGGAAAAUGUCACACUGGUAGCGAAUGUACCUAUGACACAGUCAAAGACUUUGGAUGGAGACAGGGCGUUGGCAAUCAUAAACUUGGCAAUGUCAUUCACAGUGUGAUUGAGAAGUACGACGAGGUCCCCAAAUGCGAACAACAGGAAGACUGCAUGGAUUGCUUCGAGUGGAAGUUCUUCGAAAGCAAUGGCACCGAAACCACAACUAGCUCUUCCUCUACUUCGACGUCGACCACACGUACCAGGACGGAAACGUGCAAGACGCCUGGCUGGUGGGGUUGUCUAGAUGAGACUAGCAGUAUCACCGUACCUGUGACUACAACAGAGACCAUUACCACGACGACCUGUCUCUCACCCGGCUGGUUCGGAUGUAAAGACGAAGUUACGACAACCGAGACAACCACCAUCACCAGUAGCAUCGCCACACCCGCUCCCGCGCCUACUGUCACCACAACUUCGACGGUCGCAUCCUCAUCUUCGUCUUCCCCGACUGCGACAAGCACGACUUCCAGUACCACGUGUAAAACACCAGGUUGGUUCGGCUGCCAUGACUCGACCACCUCGAUCAAGCAAUCUGCAACAAGCACUUCAUCAGCAGACACUUCUACUGCUUCGCAUGAGUGCACGUCCAAAGAGUUCUUUGGCUUGAUCUGUGUUGACCCAUCA